GCAAAGUUUCCUAACUCAUACUUAUUUUCAAAAUUCAAAAAUAAUAAAUUCAAAAAUUUGAACACUUGCUGACUUGGUCUUUGGGUGCAAAGGCCUUAUUCUUUUUCUCUCAUUCUGACGGAAUCAGUGCGAAACUUCGCACAGGUACAUGCCCCAUCGAUCCGCGCUGGGUGAUUGAUCAAUACAACUCGUACGAGUCAAAAUAAAGAGCCUGUUUGAAGCUGUAGUUCAGUGUUUCCGAUUUGAAUCGUUCCUGCCUUUGUGGGAUUUGAGAUUUGUCGUUUGCACAUUACUUUAACCGUCGCUCCAGAGAUGCCGAAGAAAAAGCCAACUUCUACGGGAGCAACGAAAACGAUUGUGGAAUGCGAAACACCUGACUACUCGAGGAGAAGCACGCGGAGCAUGAAAAACAAACUCAACGAUAGUGAGCACAUGGUCAGAGCUAGUACGUCAGCAGCUGAAACCGAGUUGUCGCUCUUCCGGGAUAGCAGCGAGCACCGUCCGGAUUUUAAGUCGAUGAAAUGGACGCCGGUCACGACAAUCCCUGGCUCUGUCGCCAAAGAAAGUGUGACAAUCAGUCUGCCGUUUGCGGGAGUAUGUGUGGAGGAUAUUCCGGAUGUUUUGGAAUGUUUUGGCGGGCCGAACCAGAUAAUCUCCAAUUUAACAAAUCCCCGAGAAAAUCAGCGCAAACUGGUCUUUGAUUUAUGUCCGGAUCCAAUUGCGUCGCACGCUUUUAGUCGUCCUAUGCCGUUGGCGCGCAGUUCCCCGACGAAUACGUUCGUGCUGCACCUGGAACUGGAGGAAGUGGUGGAGUCUGACGAGAAAAAGGCCGUGCGCCGCAGGAAAGAGCUGUCUGCCGUGGAAAGGGAACUCGGUGCAGCACUGAAGCCGCUGCCUGCACGGAUAUUAACCGCCACACUGACGCACCGUAUUACCACCUUAUUUGAGUUCAACCAACUGUAUGACUUUCGGGUAUGUCCCAGUGCGCCGAAAGAUAAAUUGUCAUCCGCACCGGAAACGGUGGAACUGACGAGUUUGAUUCCUUAUAUUCGUCCAACUUUUCCUAUGUCGGGUACCGCGAGCGAUCCCCAGGCGGAAUUAUACUUUCCUGCUUUGCGCUUUACCAACCAGACUGGAUUCGGGGGACUUGACUUUAUCGGAUCAAUAUACACUGCUCCUGUACCCGCUGACGAUAAACCUGCUCCGCGUGCAAGACGCGCCUUCGCUCAGACUGUGCGUUGGCCACAAAACGGAACUCUUCCGGUUGUUCCAACCGCAGCAGCACACAAAGCUAAGAAGAAUUUGGACGACCGAGUGUCGGUUAAUAUUAUCGAACAGGCCAAAAGCCUUUUCGCUGUGCAGCCCAUUUGGUCCCGACAGGAAUUUUACGAGCAGCUGGAAAAGGACUGCCCAGAGUUGGUCAAAGAGCACUGCCGCUUUAUCCUUCCUGGCCUGGCAUUCCGCUUUAGUAACGGUCCCUGGACACGUUCAUGGUGUCGCUUCGGCUAUGAUCCGACGCGUCAUCCCGAAAGCCGCAAAUUACAGCUGCUGGAUUUCCGUAUCAACCAAGCCAUUAUCGCAAAACGGCGCACGAUCUCCAAGAAGGCUCCGCCAACUGAACUGAAUCUGGCUAUGCGGUCUCUGAUGGAGAAACUGGCCGAUGCUCAAAAUCCUCACGGGUAUCAGUUUCUGAUACAGUUGGUGCGGCUGCAAGAUGUGUAUAAUGUGCAAGAGAUAAUGGAAAAUCGACAGUAUUGGUCAGACAGAUGUGAUCCAAAGGAAGGAUUCUUUGUCAAAGGAACCAUGGAGCGACUGCGCCUGGAAUUGACCCAUGCCAUAGCUAAGCAGGAUCCCGGGCUGUCACAUUUACGGAGAGUAGUCAAAGGACUACAGGAAAUCGGAUUGUAUGAUAAAGUCGACAUCCCGCGACUACGCCUAGGCGAUUCGGAUGAUGAGGGAAAUGAUGAUGCUGCACAAGAUUGACCCCGUAAUUGUCUGUAAGCUUUUUUUGUUGGAAAUGGUUUUAGCAUUGAUUUCAUCUUGCCAGAGAAUGUUAUUUUGUUGACUGUACUCUACUUGAAAAUAGUACGUGUUUUGCCUUCAGCCUGCUCUGCCGCUUCUCUUUUCGUGUGAGCGUUGCAGAAGAUUUUUGAUCACAUAGUUCAAAACUUCCGAACUUCUUUUUAUAACUGACAUAAAUAAAAUUAAUGAAGCUGGAAA